AUGGGUGGGGAGGCUGUGAGUGUGCGGGUGAUUGCGAGGAUCAGACCCAUCAACAAAAACGAGCAGAAGAAGGGAGAGAAGAGCGUCAUCAUCUUCAAAGGUGAGAACGGAGUUACAACGAACUCCCAUCCAAAGAAGUGUUUCAACUUUGAUGCGGUGUGUCAGCCAGAAGCUACACAAAAAGAGGUUUUCGACGAGGGCAUGAAACCCAUCAUAGAACAUGUGCUCAAAGGCUACAAUGCGACAGUGUUUGCAUAUGGACAGACUGCUUCUGGGAAGACAUUUACCAUGGAGGGCGCACUCAACGACGAGGAGGGAAAAGGAGUGAUUCCGCGAAUUGUGGAUUCUCUCUUCAGCAGUGUGGAUGACGCUAAAGAGAAGACUGAACUGUGCAUUAAGUUGUCCUACUUUGAGAUCUACAAUGAGAAGUUGCAGGAUCUUUUGAAGCCAGAGAAUGACAACCUCCCAGUACACGAGAAAAAAGGAUCUCCUUACGUCAAGGGUCUGCAUGAAGAGUCUUUGGGCUCACCGAAGGAGGUGAUGAAGUGCAUUGAGAAGGGCAAGAAAAACAGACACACGGGCAAAACAAACAUGAACGAACACUCCUCAAGGUCACACAGUGUAGUACAACUCAAGGUUGAACAGUCGACGAUGAAAGGGAAAAGCAACAGUCUCCUCUUCCUGGUGGACUUGGCCGGGUCAGAGAAGGUGGCGAAGACGGGGGCCACUGGAGACCGUCUGCACGAGGCGAAGAACAUUAACAAAUCCCUCUCCUGUCUGGGAAAUGUGAUCAACGCCCUCACGGAGAAGAAGAAGGCACAUGUGCCAUACAGAGACAGCAAACUAACUCGUAUUCUACAGGAGAGUUUGGGAGGCAACGCUAGGACCACCAUGGUCAUCUGCUGUUCUCCCGCCAAAAUGAACGAACAGGAGACACACUCAACACUCAUGUUCGGCCAGCGAGUGAAGACUAUUAAAAAUAAUGUGAAGGCCAACACUGAGAAGUCCAGUGAGUACUGGAUGAAGAUGUACAACAAUGAGUGCAACAAAGGAGCCAAGGUGAAGAAACUGGUGCUCAAGUUGAUCAAAGAAGCCGAAGAACAUCGAAAAGGUGGUAAGCCGAAACCAGACGUGGACCUGAAAGAGCUGAAGAAACUGCUGGACGACUUCGGAAAGGGAGACGCGGAUGCCAAAAUAGAGAAGAUGGGCGACGACGAUGGAGACUCACCUGAUACGCCAGCUGGACAGAAGAAUAAGGACUCGGAGAGACUGGGCAGCAAACUGAGCAAGACCUCGGCCGCCAAAGGCAGCAAAGCAGGCAGCAAGGCCGGCAAAGACGGAAAGAGCAAAGGUGGCAAGGGGUCCAAAAUGAGUGGGAUCGAAGAGGGGGAUGAGGGGGAGGAAGGGGAGGAUGGAGAAGGGGGCAAGAGUGGCGAUGGAAGCAAGGGGGGAGAUGGUGGGGAGUCAGGUGACGAUGGGGAGGGAGGGGAGGACGGGGAAGGGGGCGAGGGUGGGAAGGGAGAAGUGCCGGAAGAUGUGAAGGCAGUUCUGGAACAGGAGGUCAAGCUGAAGACAGAAGAGUAUGAACAGGAAAGAAACAAGAUGGUGAAAGAGAUGGACGCUAAAGACGACAAGAUAGCAAAACUCACCCAAGAAAACAACACCUUGAAAGCACAGAUGGAGGAACACGGGAACAAGUACAAGUCGGCCGCCCAGGACGGAAGAAAAGCCAUGGAACAAGUCACAGAGUUAAACAGAAAUGUGGACCAGUACAAAGAGCGGAACAGAAGACUGGAGCAGGAGUCGAAGCAGCACCAAGGAGAGGUUGAGAAUGCGAAGGCCAUGGUGAAGCAGAAGGAGGAGGAGUCCAGGGGCAAGGACAAGCAAGUGGAGGAGGCCAAAGCGCAAAUAGACUCGAUGAAGCAAGAGAUGGAGAAUGUGCAGCAGAAGAUGCAGACACUCUCCACGAAAUAUGGAGAACAAUUGUGUGUUCUAGCAGAGGACAUCUCUAUGGUCGGCAAGAACUUCGUGGGUGAGUCAAAUGCAGCUCAGUUUGAGUACAGGAAGCCAGACCCUCAAAGACCCAAUGAGGGCUUCGCUGCUUCCAGGGCACUACUGGCCAAGGCCAAACAUUAUGCUGUGGGCGGUGGUCGAAAACAACGAGAGUUAGAAGAAGAAUUGAGACGUCUUCGUAAUGACAAGGAGCAGCGGGAGGCGGCCCAGAUGGAACAGGUGAUGAUGUUGAGUCAGGCUAAACAGCAGAUGGACCAGAUGAAGGAGGCCGCCCAGGACCUCAAGGACGACAACGCCAGACUACAAGCCAACAUCCAGAAGAGAAAUGCACAGAUUGCUGCCAUGGGGAAAUCAGGUGCGGAUGACAUUGAUGACCCCGAUCUGAAGAUGUUGAACGACGAACAUCAGGGCCAAGUGAAUAGGGAAGAUGAGGGCGCAGCUGCAGGAGGAGAAUCGGAAGGCGGAGAGGGCGGGCAAGGAGAGGGAUGA